ACCCCGGACGGACUAUGGGUUUGCUUCCGCGUCGGAAAGCGUCACUGCGUCCGCUUUACUUCACCUUUACUGCGGCGCUACCUACGUGACGCGAACUGAGCCAGAGCUCGCUCACCUGGCACUGGCAGGCACUUCCGCGCACUGGCAGCAGCAGCUCCGUCGGUCUCCCUUCCCCGUCACUCCCCCAGGUCUGCCACUCCGGCGCGCGUCCGGCUGAACCAGCUACGGCCGGCAGUAUUGCUGAGGAAGUAAAGAUGAGUGGACGUGGCCGUGAAAAUUUGUAAACGAAGCAAGUGCGGUGCGGCAGGGGAGAGGGAGAGGGGGCGACCGACCGUCGGAAGGUGGCUGCGAUCGACCUGCCAACCGCCCCCACGCCGCGCACGCACUGCUGCCCCAGCACACGCCUCUAGAAAUUCCAAAACGAGCACGGCCCGGCACGAGGCCGCCCGCCAGUGCCAGUGCCAGUGCCGGUCCCUCCCUCUCUUGGCUGGUGCUGGCCUGGAUCCUCCACGCGACGCCGCCGCGGCUCCCUUCUCGUCUCGUCGUCCAGUGGUGGGUGGUGGCGGUGGUGGUGGAGUGCAGAUCCGCGCAUCCGUACGUGGAUUGCCUUCCGUCUUUGCCCAUUGCUGUUGGCCAGUCGGCGUGGAUUUGAGAGCUGCGUGUGUGUGUGUGCAUCCGUGGUUUGGUUACUUCUCCGGCACUCAAGAUCGAAGUCGCAGGACUUGUUUGGGUUCAACUGAACUCCCGUGUCCUGCGCCAGGACCGCCACUGAUGAGACACUCAGAUUUAGGAUGGCUUUCAUCCGCCGCCAUUGCUGAGCUUCUCCAGUAAAGACUGGAAUUUUUCGCCGCGCCAACCUUUAACUGUAUUUCAUGAUACAAAAAAAUGUCAUCAGACUCCAGUCUAACCGAAUCCCUACAUGAGAGAACAAUUGUCUUUGGCCUUAAACUUUGGGUUGUGAUUGGGAUCGCUGUUGGAGCGUCCCUCUUGGGUAUUCUUCUCAUUCUUCUCAUAUGCCUUACCAUUCAAAGUUGUAUCAAGAGGUCACGCAAGCCACUCAAUGACCGUCGACUGCACCAGAUCCCUCCAGCGUACAAAGAUAUCAAGGAAGUGGGGAUGGUAGACCAAUUUCCUGCCAAAGAUUUUGUUGUACAUGAUGGGCUUCUACUCACUAUUCAGAAUGGGCCUGAGCCUGUUGAACCAGUUGAUAGAGAUGCGAUUCAGUUGGCUCAGGAGGAAAAGUUGAAACAAAGAGAAGAGACCAAUGUCUCUGCUUCUUUUCCCAUUAUGGAUGGCUGCGAGGGAACUCAGAUUGUUUCUGUCGAUGAACAGUCUUCCACGCACGCUACUGUUGACUCUGCACCAUUGGCAGGUUUACCUGAAUUUUCUUAUCUUGGUUGGGGCCAUUGGUUCACUCUCAGAGAUCUAGACCUUGCAACUGACCAUUUUGCAAAGGAUAAUGUAAUUGGUGAGGGUGGGUAUGGUGUUGUAUAUCGUGGCAGAUUAUCAAAUGGCACCCCAGUUGCUGUCAAGAAAAUCCUUAACAAUUUAGGACAGGCUGAGAGAGAAUUCAGAGUGGAAGUCGAGGCAAUUGGCCAUGUUCGUCACAAGAAUUUGGUCCGCCUUUUGGGUUACUGUGUUGAGGGUACUCAAAGGAUGCUUGUGUAUGAGUAUGUGAAUAAUGGAAAUCUUGAAAGUUGGCUCCAUGGGGAAUUGUCCCAGUACAGUUCUCUCACUUGGUUGGCUCGCAUGAAAAUCCUUCUGGGAACUGCAAAGGCCCUUGCUUACUUACAUGAGGCAAUUGAACCAAAAGUUGUGCACCGUGACAUCAAGUCCAGCAAUAUCUUGAUUGACGAUGAGUUUAAUGCCAAAAUAUCAGACUUUGGUUUGGCCAAGAUGCUUGGUGCUGGUAAAAGCCAUAUUGCUACACGAGUUAUGGGUACCUUUGGCUAUGUUGCACCUGAAUAUGCUAACAGUGGACUUCUAAAUGAAAAGAGUGAUGUCUAUAGCUUUGGGGUUGUUCUGUUGGAAGCUAUUACAGGUAGAGAUCCAAUUGAUUAUGAUCGCCCUACAAAUGAGGUAAACCUGGUUGACUGGCUUAAAAUGAUGGUUGCCAACAGACGUUCUGAACAAGUGGUGGACCCAAACCUUGAGAGAAGGCCUUCGACAAAGGAGCUGAAACGUGCCCUUUUGACUGCUCUGAGGUGUAUCGAUUUGAAUGCUGAGAAGAGGCCUAGCAUGGACCAGGUGGUCCGGAUGUUGGAUUCUAAUGAACUCAUACCGCAAGAGCAUAUCUGUAUCUGAUAUGGGAUGAUAUGUCCCCUGCCUGGAGUAUCGAGGGUAGUGCACCUGCCAAAUCUCCUUUUUGGAAAGGAGACACCGACAAAUCCGAAUCCCUGAGAGUUCAGAAACCGAGCCACUGCGGGGCAAGAAUAACAGUGGCAGGAGUGAUGCUCCUGAGCAUGAAGCGAGGCCACCACGACCUAAGAGCCGAACUUUUUCGUCCAAAUGAAAGAAAAAGGGCAUAUUAGGAGGUAUAUGGUAGACGCUGAGACGCGCAAUGUGGGAAGCAGGAAAUCUCAGCUUCGAUACAUGACGACACAGAUUGAUGGAUUUUUUUUCGUUCUUGGAUGUGAUGCUUGACAAUACAUUUUUGUGUUCCUUGACACAUGUACAGUGGCGUGUGGUAGUUGAAGGGUGUAUAGUUGUAUUACUUAGUUCCUAGUUCGUAAAAAAAAACUUCAAAAGAAGAAUGCAUUCCUACCAAAAAAGGGAAAGGGAAAAAAGAUGGGCGUCUGUGGUGGUCGGUUGCAGCAACUGUUGUCUGGUUGCUAUGAACUCCAAAGUGCAUGAAGAGAUCAAUGUAACCUUGGAUGAUGUUUGUGUUUGUUUCGUUUACUCGUAGAAUAUAAAGGGGAGAUAGAAGAAUUGGCUUCA